AAUUAAAUGUAAAAGAAUCGGAUGCAAGAGUGUGCGAUGAAUCAUCAUGUAAAUAUGGGGGUGUUUGUAAGGAAGAAGGAGAGAGUUUGAAAUGUGCAUGCCAGUUUCAGUGUCACACGAAUUACAUCCCUGUUUGUGGCUCGAACGGAGACACUUACCAAAACGAAUGCUUCCUCAGGAGAGCUGCUUGCAAGCAUCAGAAAGAGAUCGCAGUCGUCGCGAGGGGACCUUGUUACUCCGAUAAUGGCUCUGGAUCAGGAGAAGGAGAGUAUGAAGGCUCUGGAGCAGACGUUCACAGGAAACAUUCCAAGUGUGGGGUCUGCAAAUAUAGGGCUGAGUGUGAUGAAGAUGCAGAAAAUGUCGG